AUGAUCGUGUCCAACGUGAGCCUGAGCGGCUGCGCAGGGGUCAACAGCGCUCUGUGUGCCGCAGCCGGGGAAGGGCACUUCGGGGGAGGCUCACACCGGACCACCCUCACACCGACAGGAAACCUGAUCGUGGCUGUGUGCCUGGGCUUCAUCGGCACUUUCGGAUUUAUGAACAACCUGUUAGUGCUGGUGCUCUACUGCCGCUACAAGAUGCUGCGGUCGCCCAUCAACCUGCUCCUGAUUAACAUUACCAUCAGCGACCUGCUGGUGUGCGUACUGGGGACUCCGUUCAGCUUCGCCGCCAGCAUGCAGGGAAGGUGGCUCAUAGGAGAAGGCGGCUGCGUAUGGUACGGCUUCGCCAACUCCCUCUUUGGCAUCGUCUCCCUGAUCUCCCUGGCUGUCCUCUCCUAUGAGCGCUACAGCACCAUGGUGGCGCCCACUGAGGCGGACUCCUCCAACUACCGUAAGAUCUCCCUGGGCAUCACCCUAUCCUGGGUCUACUCCCUCAUCUGGACCGUGCCGCCACUUUUUGGCUGGAGCAACUAUGGUCCCGAGGGUCCUGGGACCACCUGCUCUGUCAACUGGACGGCCAAGACGGCGAACAACAUAUCUUACAUCAUCUGCCUGUUUGUCUUCUGCCUUAUUGUGCCGUUCCUGGUGAUCGUGUUCUGCUAUGGGAAGCUGCUGUGCGCCAUCAGACAGGUGCGCGGGAUCAAUGCAUCGUUGAGCAGGAAGCGUGAGCAGCGCGUGUUAAUUAUGGUGGCGGUCAUGGUGAUCUUCUACCUAUUGUGCUGGCUGCCGUACGGCAUCAUGGCCCUGAUGGCCACCUUUGGGUCGCCGGGCCUGGUCACACCCGUGGCAAGCAUCAUCCCCUCACUCCUGGCCAAGACAAGCACGGUCAUCAACCCAGUCAUCUAUGUCUUCAUGAAUAAACAGUUUUACAGAUGUUUCCAUGCCCUGCUGCAUUGUGAGGCUCCUCGACGAGUCUCGAGCACAAAGAGCUCCUCCAAGGUCGCCACCAAGGUCAUGAGGGCUGUAGCAAUCACUGGUACCCGCCGUACCAACAACUUCCUAUUAUUGGUAGCCUCCCUGGGUCAACCGGCCGCCACCAUGCCCCAACCGAACCCCUCUUUGGAAGCAACCAUUGAUAACACCAAAGGCCCCUCUUCAGACAUCAACAAACCUGUCGUAGUAUCACUAGUGGCUGAUGAUUGGCUAUAA